CUAAUACGCUGUUAACUGAAAUAACAAGUGUUUAUUUAAAUACUUUUCGUUUGUGGGUGUCCAUUAUUACCCAUGAUGCACAGGAGUGUGGGCAUGUAGCUUCCAGCUAGUGUUGUCAACCCCGCCCCCCUUCCUAGUCCAAGAUGGCGGUCCAGGAAUCAGCUGCUCAGCUCUCUAUGGCUCUGAAGGUUCAGGAGUAUCCAACUUUAAAGGUACCUUAUGAGACUCUCAACAAGCGCUUCCGGGCUGCCCAAAAGAACAUUGACAGAGAGACCAGUCAUGUGACUAUGGUGGUGGCCGAACUAGAGAAGACUCUGAGCAGCUGUCCUGCAGUGGACUCUGUUGUCAGUCUGCUUGAUGGCGUGGUGGAAAAACUAAGUGUUCUUAAGAGAAAGGCUGUGGAGUCAAUUCAGGCAGAAGAUGAAAGUGCCAAGCUGUGCAAGCGGCGGAUUGAACACCUGAUGGAACACAGCAGUGAUCAAGCUGCAGCGGCUAACAUGUGGAAAAAGAAGCGUAUGGACCGCAUGAUGGUGGAACAUCUGUUACGUUGCGGCUACUACAACACAGCUGUGAAACUGGCUAGACAGAGUGGCAUUGAGGAUUUAGUGAACAUUGAAAUGUUUCUUACUGCUAAAGAAGUAGAGGAAUCUUUGGAAAGACAAGAAACCAUGACUUGCCUGGCUUGGUGUCAUGACAACAAGUCAAGACUUAGGAAAAUGAAGAGCUGUCUUGAAUUUAGUUUGAGGAUUCAGGAAUUCAUUGAGCUCAUUCGGCAGAACAAGAGACUGGAUGCUGUUAGACAUGCCAGAAAACAUUUCAGUCAGGCAGAGGGAAGCCAACUGGAUGAAGUUCGACAGGUGAUGGGGAUGCUGGCCUUUCCUUCUGAUACUCACAUCUCUCCUUAUAAGGAUCUUCUGGACCCUGCACGUUGGCGAAUGCUCAUUCAGCAAUUUCGAUAUGACAACUAUAGGCUACAUCAACUUGGAAAUAAUUCUGUUUUUACCAUUACUCUGCAAGCUGGUCUCUCUGCUAUUAAAACACCACAGUGCUACAAAGAAGAUGGGACCUCAAAAAACCCUGACUGCCCCGUGUGUAGCAAGUCUCUGAACAAAUUAGCACAACCACUCCCUAUGGCACAUUGUGCCAACUCCAGGCUGGUCUGCAAGAUAUCAGGAGAUGUGAUGAAUGAAAACAAUCCUCCCAUGAUGCUACCAAAUGGAUAUGUUUAUGGAUAUAAUUCUCUGCUUUCUAUUCGCCAAGAUGACAAAGUCAUUUGUCCAAGAACCAAAGAAGUCUUCAACUUCUCCCAAGCUGAAAAAGUCUACAUCAUGUAGAUGUGGAAACCUCGUGCCUCCAGAAUCUGCUCCAGGACCCAGUGUUCAGGAGCUGCAAAUACGCACAACGGACAGACUAGAAAAUCAGUCCUGUUCGGUGGUUGCAUUAAUUGUUUCUUGCGACCAAAGAUUAACAAGCAACAACAAUACACUUCAAGGGGAAAUUUCAACCUUAAUAAAAUGCAAAAAUGGAAACUUUACUCAUUUGUACUUGAGGAAGAUUUUGAUUUUGGAAGAGUUUUGUAUCUUAAGACAGGACUGAUUCUUCUGAAAAAGAAACUUUUUUUCUCUUUAAGAAUUUAAAUUAGUUAUAUUUACUUUUUAACCUGAAACCUUUGGGGUGGGCAAUGCUUGGCAUGUCCCUUAAGUUGGAAGUAUUCAGGGUUGUGUUAGUUUUCUGUAUAGGCCUUCAGAUCAUAUCAUUAGUGCCGCUGCCUUAUUUCUUGCUAUCAGAAUGUAUUCACAUGGAAAAUACAUACCGUCUAUCAGUGUUGGAUCUGCUGUUCUCGGGAAUGGUUUAACUGAGCUUUGCAUAUGUUCUAAGAUCUAAAUAUUCCACAUUAGCCGGAACCAUUGAUCUAUUUCAGUAGGGUAGAAUACAUCUUCAUACAUUUUCAGAUUACAAUUGCAAACAAAAGCUUAGUCUUUAUAGUCUUACAAAACAAAAAUAACAACAAAGUGCUGUAGAAAUUUGUAUGUAGUGCUUAUUUUUGCAUGUUGGUGUUUAUUAGCUAAUAAAAGACUGUACAUUUAAAAAAAAUGAUAAUAAAACUUUGUUUUUCA